AUGGCCAAAACAAAGUCAAAAAAGAGCCCAAAGAGCUCCUCCCAACAACCCAAAGAAUCUCCCGAACAACUCUACGACCUCGCCAUCCAAUGCGUCGAAACCAGCCAACCAGACCAAGCCCUCGCACACGCCCAAGACCUGCUCGUCCUCGUCCGCCGCCUCCAAACCCCCAAUGCCGUCCUGCCAGCCCUAAACCUGCUCGGCGAGAUCUGUAUCGAGUUGGGUGAUGCCGAUUCUGCACGCGACUACUUUAUGCAGGCCGUAGAGGCAGAUCCGCAAGGCAGUAUCCCAGAAGCUGUGGGCGGAGGUGCCGAGAAGUUCUUGUGGAUGGCGCAGUUGUGUGAGGAGGGUGGUGCGGCUAGUGUUGGUUGGUUUGAGCGUGGGGCUGCUGUUCUGAAGAGGGAGAUUGCUGAGCUCGAGGCUAUGCAAGAUAGAGACGAGACGCAGGAAAUUCUGUUGGAGGAGAAGAGNGGGAAACUGGCGAAUGCCCUGUGUGGUGUUGUCGAGGUCUACAUGACCGAUCUCUCCCCCGAGGUACUCCAAACCCUAGCCUCCGUCCGCCUAUCCCAACUCAAGCCCGAAGACGCCCGUGCCGCCCUAACCCGCAGCAUCAGCAUGUGGAAAGACCUCGAGCCCGAAGACCCGCUCAUCCCCGACUUCCCCAACCGCGUCAGUCUGGCCCGUCUACUGAUGGAAGCCGACAUGGAAGACGAAGCCAUGGAUGUGUUGGAGCGUCUCGCCUUGGAGGACGAUCAAAGUGUCGAGGCCUGCUAUCUCGGUGGCUGGUGUCUGCAGCUCAUGGCAGACAAGAAGAAAGCCUCGUUCGGUGACGCCGCCAACAACCCAGACUCGGAGCAGGCAAAGGAACUGUUGGCUACAUUGAGAGCGAGCAGAAGUUGGUUGCUCAACACGCUCAGACUAUACAGAGUCUUGGAGUAUGAAGACGAGAGACUCAAGCAGCACACCGAGGAGUUGGUUGAUGCGCAAUGUCAAGUCCUUGGUCCUCCGCCAGAGGAAGGCAAGGAGGAUGAAGAGGAAGACGAGUGGGAUGGUAUUGAUGAGGACGAUGAAGCGGCCGACGCCGACGAGGAAAUGGCAGGCGUGUAA